AUGAAAUACAGUGCCGUUCGCACAGUGGUAGCAGACACCAGCAGCGCAGAGAAGAUCUUCGAAUCAUUAAGUGCGGUUGCCGUCCUUCGUGCAUUAUACGAUUGUCCCGAGUGGGGCUCUCGGCAUAAACUUGAAUGCCUAGAUGGCACCCGCACGAGAAUCUUGGAAGAAAUUGAGACAACUCUGCAGGCAAGCAGCAGCACGCUGAUUUGGCUCUCUGGCUCUACUGGGACAGGAAAGUCUGCGAUUGCUCAUACCAUCGCGAGCCGCCUCAGCAAGAAGUCGAGAUUGGCUGGAACGUUUUUUUUCAGCCGCCAACACAAGGAUACGCCGGGCAUAUCCAGCCUUGAUUUCUUUGCGCCCACAUUGGGCUACCAAAUUUCGAUAAGUAAACACCUGGCCAAAGACUCUGUGGUUCAAUCCAUCAGAUCCGACCCUGCUAUCCUUGAUCCAAGGAAGCCGCUCGCUGAUCAAAUACAAGGUCUACUUGUCAAACCGUUACAGAAUUUGCAGGUCUCGUGGGGGUCACAACCAAAGGUGCUUGUAAUUGAUGCGAUUGACGCAUGCGAAAACGAACGCAUCUCCGAUCUCAUUUUAUGUCUUUCGGAUCUCCUCCGCCAGCCACGUAUCCCGCACUUGCACAUCGUCAUCACCAGUCGCCCUCUUGACGUCAUUGAUGAUGUAUUUGAAACCAUUAGUUGCAAGGAGUCGAUACAUCGUAUUGCUCUCGACGAUGUUGAUCUUGCUGAAGUUCGCAAGGACUUUUGUCUCCUCUUCAAGGACGCUCUGAAGAGGAAUCAUGGCCUCAAGCCCGAUGACGAGACGAUCCUCUGUCUCGCUGACAGGGCAAACGGAAGAUUCGGGACCGCGUCAAUGAUGAUGAAAUUUCUCGAGACCCACGACAAAGAUGAUGAUGAAGUACCAUCCGAUAUAGAUGAAAAAAUCAACGUUAUGAAGGAUCCCGGUGAUGCAUAUCUACAUACCAUCCAAAUAUUCCGUUUCUACGAGUUCGUCAUCAACUCGUCAGAAAAUCCGACCCGUGCAUACCGACAUCUAUCCACGGUGGUCAAUCUCGCCAAACCAUUAGAAAUUCUGCACUUACGGAAGCUCCUGGGAUCUUCAGAAAGCGAUUUGUCGUCCAUUCUCGUGUCGUUAUCACCAAUAGUCAGCGUCCCUGCCGAUGACUCCCGCGCUGUCGAGGUUCCCCACAAGCACUUACUUCAGAAGUUUCUCUCUCGACAUUCGCCUUCAUCGUGUGCAUCUCAACUCCUUGCACAGUCCAGUCUGCGGAUGAUGAAAAGCUCAUUCCUGCUCAAGUCCAGGCUCCAUGAUGAGCUACAACGAAUAGUGCCACUGACGAAGGUUCCUAUUGAAGCAGGUCCGCAAUCAGAUAAUAUAUUGAUGGUUUUCCUCAAGUUUUGUUUGGCACAGCCGUGUAACAAGACCAUAUAUGCGACCACCUGGUACCAUGAAUAUACGCAAUCAGGGACUGGCCCUUUCUGCUGCGCUCCGCCUAGUGUCCAGCCCUGUAAUAUGUCAGAGGACAUAUCAAAGGCUCGGUCGGCACUCAAGGAUUUCCGAGCGAAAUCUGAAUUUCGCGACUUGCACGUGUUUGAACUCUUGUCAACGUUACAAACUCUCCCAGGAAUGUUGAUCAUCGUGAUACUCUUGGCAAUUCGUCACACUCACCCUUCCUCCUCCCAUGAUAUCAAUUCGAUAGAUGGGUCCGACGAUAAGUCGCACAUGCCUCCAGCGCUCAAGCAUUUCAUGCAAUACACAUGCUUGCCAGCAUUGGGUUUGGUAUCUCUCUCAGGAUUCGACGGUUAUGGAUGCUCGUCUGCGCACUUUUCUUCGUGCCUUUUGGCGGGAUAA